UUAGGAGUUAGGAAUUUAGGAUUCAAAAAUCAAAAGAUAUUAAGUGGGCUGGGCUAGACGGCUAGUGCAGCUUAUAAUUUCGGUUUUUUCGGUUUUCCAAAACCAAAACCGAUCCAAACCGAAAAAUUGAUUUUUUUUUUUUUAAAUCCAAACCAAACCGAAUUUCAAAAAAAAACCAAACCAAAUUACUAAUUCGGUUUGGUUUGGUUUUCGGUUUUUAACCAAAUAACUUACACCCCUAGCAAAUAUAACUAAAAAUUUCCGCUACACCCCUAGUCAUUGUAUGAUGAUUUACCUCGUGGAAUGUAAGAACGCUUAAUUAUUUUGUAUGGUUACUUUAUUUUACCAAAAAAAAAAAAAACUAAUUCCUCACUAAAAAGUAAAAACUAGUGAAAAAAAAGGGUAGAAAGGGUUGAGUUUGUUCAAGUAUUCCGGGAAAUCUGUAACCCUUAAUUUGCCGGGAAAAAUAAGUAUAACACUAACCCUCGAUUGCAAUUUACAACUCUCUUUCUCUCUCUACUUUCCAUGCAUUUCAUCUUUCGGUCUUAAAAUUGACGAAUUAUUAAACCCGAUUUCGGAUUUUCAUCAUCAAAUUACUUCCCCAAUUUGAUUUUGAGGAACAGAUACAAAGAUUGAGGAAAAAGGAUUGCGCGCAAAUUAAACAUUUUCGACGAGAUCAAAUCUUCCGAACAUUUGAAGUUGCAGGUGCUAGUCUAUUUGCAUAUAUAUCAUGGAGCUAAAUACUUUAAAGGAAUCUUUCGAGCAUGUGGUGAAGAAGCGAAAGUUAUCAUCUUCUAAGUGCCUUGAAGUGGUUGAUACCAUCAGCCAAGAACUUGAACAGGCUUUGUCAAAAGUGCAGUCAGAUCAAGAUCUCGAAACCAUUUUGAAGGAACUGAAGUCCAAGCUUGAUGAAUAUAGCCCUGACAAAGAGUUGGAAUCUUCACAGAAAGAGUUGGAAUCAAAUUUUAGCAAGUAUUCUAAGGUGCUUGAUAAAGUAUCAGAUCCUAACAUAUCGAGGAAGGUUGACUUUGAUGUUCAGACGAUCAAUCAGAUUAUUGCUGAUCAUUUCUAUUGUCUAGGCCUCUUUGAUAUCGGGGAUUGCUUGAUUGAAGAGGCAGGUAUACCUGAAGUUAAUGUGUUACGAUCGCAGUUUUUUGAAAUGUACCAGAUUAUGGAGGCUCUGCGCGCGGAGAAUAUACAGCCUGCCCUGAAUUGGGUCACUGCAAACCAUGAAAAGCUCAAAGGAAAUGGGUUAAGUUUUGAGUUGAAACUUCAUCAGGUGCAGUUUGUGGACCUAUUGAAGCAGGGGAACCGUACUGAUGUCCUCAGCUAUGCCAGAGCUAACCUUGCUCCUUUGUCUUCUUCUCAUAUGUAUGAGAUUCAGAAACUUAUGGCCUCUCUUUUAUGGAUAGGCAAGCUUGAAAAAUACCCCUAUUUGCAGAUGUUGACUCCACCAAAUUGGGAAGACCUAAGAGAUGAAUUAUCACGGGAGUUUUGUGUGCUGCUAGGUCGGUCUUGUCGUUCUCCACUGGAGAUGGUUGUAGAAGCAGGAUCCGAAAUUUUUCCUACUCUUCUGAGGUUUAUGAAAGUGAUGCGGUUGAAACCAUGUGAUUGGCAAACGAUGGAUGAGUUGCCAUUCCCCGUGGAUCUUGACAAGGAUUUCCAAUUCCAUUCGACGUUCAUAUGCCCGGUGACUAGGGAUGAAGGAUCUUUAGAGAAUCCUCCCAUGUUGCUGCCUUGCGGGCAUGUUUUGUGUCGGCUAGCGAUCAUGAAAAUGUCCAAGAAUGACACCAGAAACUUCAAAUGUCCAUAUUGCCCUGUAAAUACUGCAGUUGCACAAUGCAGGCAACUGUAUAUCUGAUGUCUGAUGAUAAUUGUAUAGGCACCUUUAGUUACAACUUACAAUUGAUGUCUUGUGCAUAGCAAUUUGAGUUCUUUCAUUUUGUCAAAUUGUAUAUUUUGUUUUCAUAUAGUACAUGUAUUAUAGCUUAAAAAUAAUACUUUACGGCCCAGUUGGUAUGUGCUGAUGUUAUA